AUGUGCUCUGCUGAAAUGCCUAUUGCGUAGGAAAUGUCAUCAUGCAAUGUUUUCUGUGGAAACUCAACAGCUAGCUAAGGUUAGAGCUCCUGAACUCACACACGUGUUUAAGUUAUUAUUUUUGUCUUUUAUAGCCUGAGAGUAGUGUGUCUGUACAUGGGAGGCUUCGUUAACGCAGAGACGCUGUAGCAGAAGACAGUAUGAGUCGUCAAAGUCCUGCAGCCAGUAAUGGCAUUACCCCUCUUCAGCAGAUGGUGGCGUCCUGCUCCGGAGCCAUCAUCACAUCUCUGUUUGUUACUCCUUUGGAUGUCGUGAAGAUCAGACUGCAAGCUCAGAAAAAUCCCUUCCCCAAAGGGAAAUGCUUUGUUUACUGCAAUGGACUUAUGGACCACAUAUGCGUGUGUGAAAAUGGAAACACUAAGGCCUGGUACAAAGCCCCCAGUCACUUCAAUGGCACACUGGAUGCCUUCGUCAAAAUAGUGCGCCAAGAAGGAACAAAGGCAUUAUGGAGCGGUCUACCUCCAACCCUUGUUAUGGCAGUCCCAGCUACCGUGAUCUACUUCACGUGCUACGACCAGCUGUGUUCAGCGCUGCGGGUCAGGAUGGGAGACUACUCUCAGGAGGCUCCUCUCCUGGCAGGAGCGGUCGCUAGAGUGGGUUCGGCGACAGUGAUCAGCCCUCUGGAGCUGAUCCGUACGCAGCUGCAGUCGCAGAAACAGUCGUACAGGGAGCUGACUGACUGCAUCCGCUCUGCAGUGCAGUCAGAGGGCUGGCUGUCUCUGUGGAGAGGCUUGGGACCCACGCUCCUGCGAGACGUGCCCUUCUCAGCCAUGUACUGGUACAACUACGAGAAGAGCAAGAGCUGGCUGUGUGAGCGCUCUCACACCAGAGAACCCACCCUUACCAUCACCUUUGUAUCAGGAGCGAUGUCUGGCUCUAUUGCGUCCAUUGUGACUUUACCCUUUGAUGUCGUCAAAACGAGAAGGCAGCUGGAGCUGGGAGAGCUACAAGCAAAGAAUUUGUCAUGUCAGGCCUCCUCCUCCUCCUCCACCUUCAGCGUGAUGAGCAGGAUUGUGGCGCAGGGCGGGUUUAGUGGACUGUUUGCAGGUUUCAUCCCGAGGUUGAUCAAAGUGGCUCCAGCCUGCGCCAUCAUGAUCAGCAGUUAUGAGUUCGGAAAAACUUUUUUCCGCAAACACAACGAGGAGAGGACACUCAGGCCACUGCAGGACACGAACGCUUGAUAUAUUCCCUGUCAUUUCUCUGCAAACCAACCAGAACUACUGCUAGAGUUUACCUCUGGAGGGGGGGGGAGUAUAAGUGUAAAUGAACAAAAUUAUGAACUACUUUACCCUUUCUGAGUACAAAGAUUUAUAUUAAAUUAUUAGAAUUAGUAUUUAUAAUGUAUUCUAUGAUUUGAUGCGAUAGAUCCUGUGUGUAGUAAUGAAAAGAAGUGAUGUUUUCAUCAGUGUUCAAAUCAAAUGCUUUUUGAUGAAUUGAACUGCCAGCAGAUGGCACCCCAGUGUUGUUAAUCUGUAUUUUUUUUUAAAGAUCGAGUGCACUGUG